AUGGAAGCUCUCAAAUCUUUUGCACUUUUGGUUUUGGUUUUAGCAUUUGCAUGCCACGUCGAACAAUGUUAUUGUGGAUGGCAUUCAAAGUACCAGCUUCCAUUGACAAAUUGGCAAGUAACGAUUAUAAACUAUCAAAAGAAUGCAGCUCUAGAGGUUCAUUGCAAGUCGAAAGACGACGAUUUAGGCGUACACGUGAUCAAGAACGAGGGAGAGCAUUACAAUUGGGGAUUCAAGGAGAAUUUCUUGCAAACAACUAGGUUUUGGUGCAAUUUUCAGAGCAGAUUGGGGCAUGCUUCCUUUGAGGUAUUUUGGCCAGAGUCUGGAACUUGGCUUUCAGAUCGCUGUGAUGAUUCAAAUUGUGUUUGGGUUGCUGAUAAUAAGGGCUUUUCUUUGCUUAAUAUUCCUACAAAGACAUUGGAGUUCCAACAUCCAUGGCUCCACUAG